GUGUGGGAAGUGAGCAGGACUCUAGAGAAAGAACUUUUCACUCAUAUCAAAAAUAAAAUAUUUAGCAAUGACAUUGCAACAUACAGAUACAAGAACCUUUCCAGCAGAAAACAUACAGAUUGCUGUAAAUCAAGUCAUUGUUCAUUUGCUGAACUGUACCAAUUUUUUUUGAAAGACUUAAGGACAUAAUAUGGAAGGAUGUAAGAGAUCAUGACUCAGCACUGUUCAUAGGUGCUCUCAAAGAGAAAUAAAAUGAGAUGAACUUUUUAGUCAUAUUGACACUAGACCACAAGUAGUCUACAUACAAGCUAUGGUUACUUUUUCCUCAACCAGAUCGCCUCAUAGGAUUUGGAGUAUGUUAAGCCACCAAAGGGAAAAUGAAUCAAAAGAAAGAUUGUGACAUUCAGAUUACUAAUAAAGCCCUUUGAAAUUCAUGUGGCCACCUAUACAUAUUCCAAUGCAUGUCAUCAAGACUAUGACAGUUCAGUAUAUCUGAGGCCACCCUUGAAGACUCAAAAGCUGCAGCUAGUGUAAAAUGCAACAGCUCGAGUGCUCACGGGUUCCAUUCAGAUGUCCAUUAGCACUCAUUCUAGAGAAAUUGCACAGCUAAUCCCUUUCCAUUCUGAAUUCAAGCAAAGGUGCUGGCAAUAAAAUGUAAUGUUUUGGGGCUCGAGAGAGCACUGCCUAACAAUUGAGAUCUAUUGUUGGGGCCCUUGUAGUAAAGCAUGCACAAUGCCAAUUAACAAGGAAAGAAAUAAAGGUUUACAAAUAAAGUUUUAUUAUUAUUGUUAAAUCCAGCCUUCUUAUGCAGCUGGAUAUACAGUUCAGCCCCUGCAUCUGUGGGGCCAGUAUCCAUAGUCUCAUUUAUUCAUACCGAAUAGAUAAUGUCAUUUCUACGUCCUCCAAUGUAAUUCUAUGAUAUACUCGGGUCAGAAGGGAAUGGUACAGUUUGCCAACAUUGGAAAGGGUUAUUCAGAAACUCUUGGAUUGUAGUAUUUCCUAAUAAUUCAACAGGAAAGGUUUUUUUUAAAUACCAUUUCUAUGUCUUCAUUUGAAAGAGCACUUAAGAUUACUUUCAAAGUAUCACAAAUGGUUAUAUCCAUCCAGGGCCAUAGCCAGAAAAAAAAAUCAGGGGGGUAAACUUUUUUAGUGAAUCAGGAAGAGUAGUUCCAUAACACAAAAUAAGUUAGAAAUCAGGCUCCAUCGAUAAACUUCAGUGGACACUCAUGGGGACUUGGUGAAUCAGUUAAAAUUCAUGAGUAAAAAACCUGAAAAAUUUACCCCCCCCCCCCCCCCCCGGCUAUAGCCCUGAAUCCUUCAGUAAUAAGAGGGAAAAAGGAUUAGCACUCAGACCCCAGGGGCAUAGGACAGUUAUUAUUAGAUUUUUCUCUCUCUUUUAACAAUUCAUUUAAGAUGUCAUAUAUGUAGGUGGCAGCUGAUUUUUCCCCCUCUUCUUUAGGUCAACUAAUAACAUGCUCUUGCCCGCUUAGAUUUUUGUAUGUACAAUUCAUAGGAGGAAUGUUCCAGUUUCAUAGGGCAUUAGCUGUAUAACAUAUUGGAUCUGCCUGUACCAUUCAGUUUAGGUUUAGAUAUUGGUGUUCUCUCAUAAGUUUAUAAAGGAGAUGUAUAAAUAGAUUCUUUCUGUACUGUGCUGAAGCAUCUAUUGAUUUAAAGUCAUUUUGUCUUUUCAGCAUGAACACUGUGAAAUACUGUUUAUGAGUUUGUUAACAAAGGAACAGAUUGUUUUAGUUUCAAUAAGCCAUUGAACUCUUCAGGUUAUUGCAGAUAGCAAAUUUGAGCUGAUGUAAUGCUACUUUGGAGUUUGUGAAAAUUAUAUUUGAAGGUCUUUAUCCUUGGCCUUUUAUUUACAUGAUAGGAACCUGUUUGUUAGCAAUUUGGCAGAUAGAAAUAUUGGACUAAAAAUGAAGCAUACAACACCCAUUCUGUGUUUUGGAAGCAAUCCUUAUAGAAUUUGGGUCUUCCCUUCCUCAUUUAUGUAUUAUUUCACUUUCUUCCCAGCUCUAGGAAUCAAAAUAUGACAGUAUUGAUGAGCUUAUCGAUGUGUAUAUCAAUUUCUAGAGAAAGUUGUUUCUUUUUUUAGUUAGGUGAAGCUGUAGCAGUAGAUUUUGUUACCUUUUUGGGGCGGGGGGAAUUGCUAGAUUCUCAUUGGUAAAAACAUAUAUAGGUAAAGGUAAAGUUUUCCACUGACAUUAAGACUAGUCAUGUCUGACUCUGGGGAUUGGUGCUCAUCUUCAUUUCUAAGCCGAAAAGCCGGUGUUGUCCGUAGACAAGGUCAUGUGGCCAGCAUGACUGCAUGGAGCGCUGUUACCCUUCCACUGGAGCAGCACCUAUUGAUCUGCUCACAUUUGCAUGUUUCUGAACUGUUAAGUUGGCAGAAGCUGGGGCUAACAGCGGGAGCCCACUCCACUCCCUGAAUUCGAACCGCCGAUCUUUCGGUCAGCAAGUUCAGCAGCUCAGCUAUUUAACCCACUUUGUCAACCGGGGCUCCAAAAACAUAUAUGCAAAUGGAUAAAUACUUUUGUCGACAAUUCUUUUAUCAUCCUACUGUAACCUUUGCUAAAAACAAGCAAGGAGAGUGACUACUUUUUCACAAUCUUUUUAGCUUCUACACAUGGAAAGAAGGGCGUGUGGCAUGACAAUAAGAGAAGUCAGCAAUAAAGAGCUGUGUCAAAGAAACAGAGUAUGUGAUGUGGUCAAUGAAAUCUAUGAGGGAAAAAGAAGAUAGGCAGGGCAUAUAGCAUGAACAAAAGACAACUGAUGGACAUGUCGACUAACAAAUUGGAAACGAAGAAACCAUGAGCGGCCCUUGGAAAGACCUCGUAUUCAAUGGGACAAACCAAUGGUUAAGCUAUUUGGCCAGAAAUGGAAAAGAAAAGCACAGGAUUGCAUAUUUUGGCAAAUGGUAGUUUUGCGUGAAGCCCAAAAAGAGUGGAUCAAGGACAAAUAGGAUAGGAUAUGAUUUAACUUCUACUACUUUAUUUCUUCUUUUCCAGUCACAAAUAUCUACAAAUUCCCUGCUUUUUGACCAUCCUCAAACACAGAGUUUACAGACAGUUCAGACAGUGAUAUCAUCAACUUGUAACCCACUUAAACUUUUCUGUUGUCACUCUUAUCUCCCCCCACAACAAAGCAACACCACAUUUCUUCAAUUACAAGAUGUCACCAAUUGUACGACACACCUUAAUAUCAGUACCACUACCAUCAACAAAAGUACAUAAGAUACACCCCUGAUUCUAAGACGCAUUCCAUUUUUAGAGAUAUUUAUAUGGGAAAAAAGUGUGUCUUGAUAUUGAAGAAAUAUGGUUUUAAGCAGAAUAAGACACAAUGAGUUCUUUAUUUAGAAGCACUGUUAGUUGUAUUCAGAAUAAACCUAUUGAUAUCACCAGGACUUCCAUCAUGACACAGUCUUAAUCCAUAUUUUAGGCAGUGACAAGGAAAAUGUUUGAAAUACCACUAUGAAAUAUUUCACCUAGCUUAAUAUAGACAGGUUGCUGAUUUUAAAUUUUAGUCAAUUAUUAAAAAUCUCUCAAGGCUAGCAAGUCAUUAAUUACCUCUUUUUGACAGUAACCAUCUCAAAAGCCCAAUUAAUAUUAGGCUCUGAUAAUACAGGCAGUAUAUAAAAGGUGAUAAAUUUUGAACUGCGUGAUAGCUUUAAAAAAAAUGAAAACUUUAUUUGUUGUAGCUUUCACAGCUACCUGGCUUGUCGACCCUGUCCACCACUUCAAACUCAGCAGGGAAUAUGAAGUCUUCAGUGAUCAUGAACCAGUAUUCCUUAGGAAUGAAAAGCAAGAGGUAGAAUAUAGAAUAAAAUACACCUGGGACAGUAUACCUGUAAUGCAUCUACCGGUGACAAUAAAAUUCAAACCUGGUGAUCAGGGUUUGGUAAUGGAACUGGACUCCUUAUUCUUUGAUGAUCCUCCAGCUCCACCUGGUGAACCUGGAAAGCCCUUUGACGGACUUUGGGAUUAUGAAGUUGUUGAAUCCUUCUUUUUGAAUAGUGCAACAAGAAACUACUUGGAAGUAGAACUCUGUCCGCAUGGCCAACAUCUUGUGUUACGUCUCUCUGGAGGAGAUUGUCUUGAGAAAGAGCUCCCAUUGCCAUAUAAAGUAGAUAUAAACUGGGGCACCUGGAAUGGCACAGCAAUUAUUCCUUGGAGCUAUUUUCCCCCUGGCGUAGACAAGAUGAAUUCAUAUGCAAUUCAUGGAUCUGGGAUUGGAAGAAUAUAUGAAGCACUUUAUCCAAUACCACCAAAAGAGAUUGAAGAAGGCCAGGGUCCUAACUUCCACCGUCUAGAAUAUUUCAGAGAUUUCAGUCUAAACAGCAUAAUGGGAAAUGACUGGACUCAACCACCAUCAGAUCUGUGGUCAUAACUUCAGAUGUUCCUGAAGUCAAGUCAGUCAAUUAUAAAUCACCUGCAAAUAUUUAGAUAUGAAAGAUGUCAUAUUUUGUUCGAGGUAUAUUGUGACUUUAAUGGGACAGCCAAGUAAAAUAAACAAAGUGAUUACUUCUUUCA